AUGUCAACUGAAGAACAGAAUGGAGAAGGUCAAAAGACUCUGGAUAGUAGGCAAGGUGAUGAAACACACACGGAUGAAGGGAGAGAAAGCAAAACAACUGCCACAGAAAACGGAAACGAAGGUAAGGCUGUAGAAAAAGAGGGCGAGGAAACCCAAGAGAAACCGAAACAUCCACAAGUGACUUAUUACAAUGAAGAACAGUAUAAGCAAUUUAUUGGCCAGGCAAGGGUUACAGGCGGAAAGUACAGUUUACAGGACUUCCAGAUAUUAAGGACAUUGGGAACUGGCUCCUUCGGCAGGGUUCAUUUGAUAAGAUCAAGACACAAUGGUAGAUACUACGCCAUGAAAGUUUUGAAAAAGGAAAUUGUGGUGAGAUUGAAACAGGUAGAGCACACAAACGAUGAGCGGUUGAUGCUUUCUAUCGUGACGCAUCCGUUCAUUAUCAGAAUGUGGGGGACUUUCCAAGACGCUCAGCAAAUUUUCAUGAUCAUGGAUUAUAUUGAAGGUGGGGAAUUGUUUUCUUUAUUAAGAAAAUCCCAAAGAUUUCCCAACCCGGUUGCUAAAUUUUAUGCCGCAGAAGUUUGUUUAGCUUUGGAGUACUUACACAGCAAAGACAUAAUUUAUAGGGAUUUGAAACCGGAGAAUAUUUUGCUUGAUAAGAACGGACAUAUAAAGAUAACAGAUUUUGGGUUUGCCAAGUACGUUCCAGAUGUCACAUAUACCUUAUGUGGCACCCCCGAUUACAUAGCACCUGAGGUUGUUAGCACCAAGCCAUAUAAUAAAUCUAUCGAUUGGUGGAGUUUCGGCAUAUUGAUUUACGAAAUGCUAGCGGGGUACACUCCCUUUUAUGAUUCAAACACCAUGAAAACCUAUGAGAAAAUUUUGAAUGCCGAAUUAAGAUUUCCACCAUUUUUCAACGAAGAUGUAAAGGAUUUGUUGAGCAGGUUGAUCACAAGAGACUUGAGUCAGAGAUUGGGUAAUUUACAGAAUGGUACAGAAGAUGUCAAGAAUCAUCCUUGGUUCAAAGAAGUCGUCUGGGAAAAGCUUUUAUCUAGAAAUAUAGAAACACCGUAUGAACCACCCAUUCAACAGGGACAAGGUGACACCUCUCAGUUUGAUAAGUACCCUGAGGAAGAUAUCAAUUAUGGUGUUCAGGGUGAGGACCCGUAUGCAGAUCUUUUCCACGACUUCUAA